UCUCUCCCUAUCAGAUCCAAGCCUGGGUUCAAAUCCUGGUUAUAUCAUUUGCUGACUGUGUGAUCUCAGGCAGGUGGCUUCACUUCUCUAUGCCUUAGUUAUCUCAUCUGUAGAAUGGGCACAAUAGCAGUAUCUGCCUCACAGGAAUAAGAAUGGGAUGAGUUCACAUAUAAUCUGAGCUAGGCAUGGCAGUACAUAAAUGUAAUCCCAAAAGGGUAGCUGAGGCAGGAGGAUGGCGAGUUCCAGACUGACCUGGACUUUACAGCAAGACCCGUUUAAAACAAACACCCAUCCUCCUCCAAUGACAAGGACAACAAAAAGCUUCAGACAGUGUCUGCUGCUAAAAGAAAUUUGCAGGAAUGAGCAGGCUUCUCUUUGACAGGUGCCUCUGUCUUUGUAGUGUGCACUGUUAGGGCCUGAAGCCUGCUGACUGCCUGUUCCUCUGCUAUCCCAGCCAGGCCAGGCAGUGAGCUGACGGACCAAGGUGGGUGACUUGUCCUCUGUCCUGUAACAUACAGGACUAGAGGGGCCUUCAAUGCUCAGAAGGAAGGAAAGUGGACAGGAACCAUUUCUUGUCUCUCCCUGCCCCACCCCAGCCCUGGCCUAGCCUCCUCCUGGGUAGAGGAGUGUUUUGCCAGGGCUGGGGUCUCCUUCCCCUGGACCUCACAAUACCCUGGAAAGUGACAGAAAACUGGACUGGCAGAGGGGACAGCUGGAUCCCGCCAGGGGUCCCUCCCAGCAGGGUUGCCGUCUCCUCUGUGAACUAUGGGUUUCAGGUUGUCCCCCUGCUGGUGGUCCUGCUGUUCAGGGGUUAAAUGGGCCAUCUUGCGCCACUCCACUGUGGUUGCCUCUCUUGAUCCUUCAAGCUGGCACAAAGCCAGCACCUCAAGCUUUGAGCACUGGCAGUAGGCUGUCCCCUAAGGUCCCACUCUUCUCAUUCAUGGGACUGAAGCCCAGCCACCUGCUGGCACACAGGGGAAAGGGUGGCGGUGAGGAGUGGUGGGAGGGAAAGUACCCAGGUUGGACUCCCCGGUUGAUUUUGGCAAGUGACUCAGCCCGGCCUGUCUGGGGUUUCCAUUAGUCAACUUGGAUGACAAUGGAGUUGCCUCAUAGGAAGGCUACCCAGACCACACUAAUUCUCACUGCACCCCGUUUAAUCACGGAAAGAUUAAAUGUUCAGGAAGAGCACUUUCCCGUGCCGGGCAGCGAAGGCCAACUAGAAUCCCGUGCAACCCUGCCUGACGUGCUGCCGGCUGUACAGGCUCCAGUUCGGAUGAGAGCCCGGCGGGGUGAGCCUGGGGGAGCCGCUGCGGCCAGGUUCCCGCACCAGGCUGCCAGUCACCCAUUGCGAUCACUGCCUGGCCCUCCUUCCCACUCCUCGAACACUCCGGGCCGGCGGGUUCACUUACCAGGCCCCGGAAGUUGCGCAAAUACCGGCUACCUGAGCCAGGUGGGCGGGAGGCGCGCAGGCUGCUGGCAGGAGGCGGCUUGCGCAGCCAGCCGAGCCCGGCAUCCAGCUGCCAACUUUGUGCCUGUAUCUCUCUCCUCGCCUCUGCCCUCGGGGUAUGUAACCGCCAUGCCCGUGGACACGCUGAGCCCUGCAGCCCCCGCCGCUCCUGCCCUACCUUUUCGCCUGCGAACCAAGGUCCCCAGCUACCUGCUACCAAGGCCAGCGGAUGGGGGAGCCCGGAAGCUGAGUGCCGUGGAACGCUUGGAGGCUGACAAGGCCAAGUAUGUCAAGAGCCUCCAUGUGGCCAACACCCGACAGGAGCCUGUGCAACCCCCGCUGGCCCGACAGCCCCUCUUCAGCCCUGGUCCUCGGGGGCCAGUGCUCACUCCCAGCCGCCGAGUCUUGCCCUGUCCUGGUCGGCGGCCCCAAUUGGACAUUGACAUCCUUAGCAGUCUCAUCAACCUGUGUGAUAGUCCUGUGACCCCAGCUGAGGCAAGCCGAACGCCUGUACGGGCAGAAGGAUCUUCCCACAAGAUACCUCCAGCCACCCCUCCUCGUCCACCACCUAGUACGGUCGCUGUGCGCCGAGUGGAUGUUCGUCCCCUACCUGCUUCACCUGCUCGUCCCUGUCCAUCGCCUGGCACCACUGCCACCUCCAGCCCGGGCCGGCCACCUGGCCUGCAACGCUCCAAGUCGGACCUGAGUGAGCGCUUUUCCAGGGCAGCAGCCGACCUCGAGCGCUUUUUUAACUUCUGCGGCCUGGAUCCCGAGGAAGCACGAGGAUUGGGGGUGGCCCACCUAGCAAGGGCCAGCUCGGACAUCGUGUCUCUAGCCGGCCCGAGUGCUGGACCUUGCAGCUCAGAAGGGGGCUGUUCACGCCGCAGCUCUGCUACAGUGGAGGAGCGGGCCCUGGAGCGUGUCCCCUACGGCGUGUCUGUGAUUGAGCGCAAUGCCCGCGUGAUCAAGUGGCUGUAUGGGUUGCGGCAGGCACGUGACCCUCCGGCUACAGAGGGCUAGAUCUCCUGGACUCAGGCUUCCCGGAAGGACAUCGUGAAGAGGCAAUUGGCAUCUUGUCCUUUCUUGUAUUCAUUGGCAGCUCCCUUGAUUGAAUUUGGUGUAGAGGCCAAGACUUAGUCCUAGACCAGCAUCCUCUGGCAAGCAAGGACUAACCUACAGAGGCUUGCUGUUGCCCUUGGCCUCCCCUACCCCUAAAAAAGGUUUGUGACACAGUGUGCUUCUGCCUGGUUCCUCUGGUAAGGCUGGAUUUGGGCUGCUUCCCCUCCACUGAGUUGGGAACCAAGUACUUUGCCAAGCCUGUCUGCCCCGAGGGGCCCGUUUCCUCCUUCCUUCUCUGUCCUCCUUUGCUGACUUCCUCUUCCUUACCGAAUGGGCCCUGGCUUCCGGGGAACUCCUCUGGGGAGGAGGUUGAGCGUUGGAAUCUGUCUACUGCUCUUCCUGGUCUUUGGCAAGUGGUCUGGGUGGGUAAAACUAUCCCAGGAGGGACUGGCCAGGAGCUGCUGCUCAGACUUCUCUGUGGUUAAUAAACACAAAUGUCUGUUU